AUGCCCCAAUCUACACAAAUAACAUCACCAAAAUCACUGGCUAUCAGGGGUCCACCGCAUGAUUCGCGGUCGCAGAUUCCAUGCUACCACUAUGCCCGGGGUAGUUGCCGAAAUGGAAAUGCCUGUCCGUAUUCUCACCUUGCAAGAAAUGAGCAGGAGAUACAGGAAACUUCAGACCCAGAAGAGAACCAAAACCACGAUAAUUUCACACGAAAUCUCUGUGGCGCGUUGGCCCAAUUCGAAUGCGGUGCCCAAGUGUCUAAAAUAUCCCUCCCUACAGAUUUCUCCGCUGCUCGAAUAACUGGGCUGCCAGUGGGCACUUCACCGGAAUAUGUUUCUACACUUUGUUUAGGCGUAGGCAUAGAAAUACCACCAGGUUGCGUGCGAGUAUUUGGAGCGGGUGUCCUCCAGAAAUCAGCAGACAUCAGACUUGAGGACCCUACAUUUGCAAAGUUAUUGUGUGCCAAAAUCGAUGCGAGAAAUAACCUAGAGCCCCUACUCUUCCAGUUACAAGCAUCUCAGAUUCCAGUCAGCCUUUCCUCAGGCUCAAAUGCUUGCCGAAUUGAGUGCAGGAAGAUCCAGUGCUCAUGGUACAAGCCUGCUAAAACAGCAUGGUUGAACUUUGGAAGUGAAGACAUUGCCAAACGAGUCUUUAAUGAAUUCACUUCGAAGCGUUACCGCAUUCUUGGUCAAACAGUUCCCUGCAACGCACCGACAAAAAGUGGAGGAGGGCGGAGAAACCACCAUGCUUGGACGCUCAUACUAACAGGUUUACCAAUCGCCACCAUGGAGAAAGAUAUCCUUGCCGCCAUACAUUCACCGCAAGAUAUCCCUCGGAACAUAGAACUAGGGAAACCCAGUUACGAUGUGGAUGGUGAGCUGGCCAGUGCGACUGUGAUGUCUUUGCUGAGUCAGGUUGGCCCAAUAGAAUGGAGCCAGGCCAACACAGAGUUAGAAGGCAAAAGAGCAAAGGCCAUUGCUCGAUUUUAUGAGGAAUCGGAUGCACGGGAAGCUGCGAGAACGCUUCAUAAUCAGCCUCUAUCAUUUGGAACCAACAUGAAACUAACUGUUCAGCUUCUAAGCACAGCAAAGUUCAAAGUUGCAGUCACUAUAUUUAGUGCCGUCAAAACUCGGAUUCACACUGCAAGUGAAGUCUGGAUAAAACAGCACUUGACGUUCAAGGUAUACCCCAGCCCUGAUCCCGGCUACCAGUACAGAGUUCUUAAAAUUGAAGGCUUGGUUGCCAAAGACGUUGCCACUGCGAAAGAAACCAUGAACGAAAUUCUGGAUGGCAUUACAAUAAUGAGCCACGGGAAACCGCUUUGGGCCGCUUCGCUAAACCUCAACGGAAAUGCCUUCCAGAAACUGAAAAAAAUCCAACAAGACCAUGGGGUAAUUGUCAUCCGCAACAGGAGUAAAAAGGAGCUGAAACUCUACGGCUCCCCUGAAAAGUGCGAGGGUGUAGAGUCGGCGAUUGUUCGCAUGAUAAGUGCCGAGUCUUCUACGAACCAUGCCAUAAAUCUAAACCCCGAAUGCUUUCAAUGGGCAUGCAGUGGGGGGUUUCAGACGAUCGUUAGGGUACUUGGAGAUAAUGUUGCUACAUUUGAUACCGUCUCAACACCGAAGAGAAUCUUGAUUGAAGGGUCAGAGAAAGAAUUUGAGGCAGCAUUAAAAAUCGUCAAAAAGCGUGAAUUCCAACUGAUGACCGAGGCUAGUACUGACAAGGACUGCUCUGUGUGUUGGACUCAAGCAGAGAAUCCUGUUUUCACAAAGUGCAGUCAUGUGUAUUGCAUUGAGUGUUUUGAAAACCUCUGCACUGAUGCCGGCUCUGGUGGGAAAAAAGAUUUCUCAAUUAAAUGCCUGGGAGAAAUGGGGAAAUGCCAAGAAGCCUUUGGUCUUGAAGAACUACAAGACAACCUUUCUUCCAAGGCAUUUGAAGAUAUCCUGGAGACCUCAUUCGCGUCCUAUAUCCAACGUCAUCCGCAAAUGUUCCGCUACUGCCCGAAGCCGGACUGUGGCAUGAUAUAUCGCGCAAACAGCACCAUGAAAUUUAAUACGUGCGCAAAAUGCCUCACCGUGACAUGUACUUUUUGCCACGCUCCACAUGAGGGCAAAACGUGUGCGGAGUACAAAGAUGAAGUCUCAGGUAGGUACCAAGCUACGCAAAAACUAAAGAAAGAGCUUGGGAUCAAGGAUUGCCCUAAGUGUAUGACGCCCCUAGAAAAGAUUGAGGGCUGUAACCAUAUGACGUGUGGGGGGCUGUGGGACGCAUAUUUGCUGGAUUUGCUUGGAGGUGUUUUCAGAAGCUGGGCCAUGUUAUGA